AUGCCUCACAAACUUCAAAAUGAGAAUAUGUAUGAAGUACGAGGAGUGUAUGCUAAUCAAGAGCUUUUGGUAUUGAUAACGAAGAUGAUUGGUAAGGAAGUACUGCUUGAAACUCGCGAUGGAUUGACGUUUGAAGGAAUAUUUGCAGGUUGCUCUCCAGAUUUCGAUGUUGGUUUGAGGUGCGCACAUGAAGUAGUCCCAGAUGAGCAAAAGAACUUGUUACCUCAUAAAGAUCAAAUCAUCGAGAAACUUCAGUUUGAAAGGGAUUGCGUUUAUAGCAUGGGAGCAAAAUAUCGGGACGAAAAACGGAUUGAAGGAUUUGCUACGGAUCGUGAAUAUGCGGAUCAGAGCGGUUCUUUGGCAGAUAUGGAACUACAGGUUUGGGAAUCCGAAGAUGACUUUGACAAUGGUCUUCUAUUAAACGAUGAUCAAGAAGAUGGUUGGUCUGUUGAGCAGAUGUUUCAGGCGAAUGAUGUUCUGGGGGUCAAAAGCACAUUCGACGAGAAUAUGCCCGAAUAUGCCACGGCUGAUGUGCAGGGUGACGCAGAAGAUCUUAAGCGGGCAGAACGAAUUGCACAAGAAAUCAAUAGUAGCAGCGCAAGUAGAGCACGUGCACAGCUGGAAAAUGAUGACGAAGAGCGUGAUUUGGAUAGAGAGACGUCAGAAUUUCAAAUACAACACAGUAGCCGAAAAGCCUCGAGCACUGGGAUAUCCGCAUUGUGUCCUGUUAAGAGCUCUUCGAUACAAAAUGGAUCUAAUAUCUGUAAUCCAUUCAGACGUGGCAGCUAUUCAGGAAAUAUUCGAGAUAGAGCGAUGAACGUGAACAGAGGGCCACCGAACGGUAGACGAUCGGAAGGGAUGGCAAAUACAGGAAGAGGGCGCGGAUCGUAUGGAUCCAGUGGUGGCUCAUCACGUUUAUUUACAAAUUCAUCAAUGGGUCAUGGAGUAAGGCCUCAAAAUUCUGUUGGAUCAGGGCCUACUUCACGUUAUGCAUCUAGUGGUAUUUUGGAGAGACCGACUGCGCAGGAACUACAUCUGCAGUUUGGCCAGUGGGUUAGACGUGGUGAAAGUUCAGGCUCCUCUUCAACUACAGAUGGUGUAAGAGGUGGAAGACGAUCGGAGCAAGUAAUUGGAAAUAAUACGAGAAUUUAUGACCAUCGUUUGAUGACCAGUCAGCAUGAAGGACAACCUACACGUGAGGAAAAUAAAAACGUGCAUUAUUCGAGUACAUCAAAUAAUAUGGGUGGCGCUUCGCGGCAGCAAGCAUCAAAGCAAACAGAACGGGUCAGAAAUUUAAAAGAAUUUCAUCAGAAUUUCAACAGUACUUUCCAGCCAUCUCAUUCCGUGCAUAAUAAUGCAGAUGAUAUUCAGCGUACAAACGCCGUGCAAGGAACAACAACACCUGGGCUAGCACCAAGGCCUAUUAAUAAUGCUUGGAAUAAAGGACCUCCUCCUGGUAUGCGAGCUCCGUCUUCGUCAACACAAACGACCGCAAACCAUCGCCCAGGAAUUUCAUCUGCUAGAGAUGUGGAAACAUCAGCAUCUAUAACAGCAACAGCAGCAUCAUGUACACCGAGUACAGAACAACGAUCACAACAAGGGAUCGUCAAGGCUCGAGGAACUGUACAAGCACCAGCUGCUUCUGGUGUUUCAGGUCGCUCAGUAACAGAUGUAGCAUCGACAGCAGUUCCCGAAUGUCGUCCAAACAAACCAACAUCUACCGUUCCUGGAUCUGAUACGACAUCGCCUAAUGUAGAAGCAACAGUUGUGGUUUUAGAUACGCAAACUGCAGCUACGCCUAUUACAGCGCGGGAAAUUCAACAAACGCACCAGUUGUCUGCUGCAGCAUCAUCAUCAUCUAUUGCACCUACAGAUCCAACACCUAGUUCUGCAGUUAUUGAUACUGCAAAGACGACUGUAGCAAAUUCUGUGACGACAGCAUCGGAAGGAAAGCAUUUCGUUUGGAAUCCAGAUGCACCGUCGUUUGUGCCCCGCAGUUUAACUAAUCACCGCAGUAAUGAGUCGCAAAGCCAUCGCCCAGCAUUGCACAGUAUUCGAACACCUCCCGCUGCACCAUUACCGCUUAUGUCUACACACAUCGCUGCACCAGGGCAAAUUCAAGGUUUGGCCCUUGCCAAUCCACAGGCUUUAUCUGUUCAGAAUGUGCCGUCAAUUGCUCAUGCUGGACCACCACAAAUGUUUCCAUAUGCGCAUGCGAACGCAUAUGGUGCUGCCAUGCCGGUUUAUUACAACCCACCGGUUGUGCAGAGUACGCCAAGUGCCGCUGCAGCAACAGCAACUGCAGCAGCGAAUGUGACGGGUGGUCCAAUUGUUGCAAGUACUGCCGGUUUACCGAUUGGUCGCCAUGGACAAGUGGCUGGACAAGCACCUUCAACUAAUCGGCGAAAUCAACAGCAACAAUUCAUGCAAGGUGUCGCUGGUAUGUAUGUUCCUGGAGCCAGUCAACCGUAUGCCCAACAGCUCAUGUCACAGUAUCAGAUGCCCUAUUUUGCACCAUAUCCAUCGCAGCUCUCAAUUGGAGCUUCAUCGAAUAUGCCACCACCACCGAUACCACCUCCAUCUACAAAUGCGGUACUCACGGCUCCUCCACCUUACCAAAUCAUACAGACUCAAACUCAACAGCAGACUGGAUUUCCACGGCAGCUAUAUCAAGGCGAUCAUUCCGUCAAUUACAUAUCUCGUUUGCCGCAGUCUCAUCCAGCUAUAGAUUACACUGCAACAGCGUCAACACAGCAACAACCGCAGCAGGGAUCAAGUGCUGCUUCGAGCAAUGGAACAGGUUCAAAUGGGCCUAACAGUCAGCCGGCCACACCUGGACCUGUGAUAUCACCUCCUCAGGUACAACAACAACAGCAAUCAGUAUCAAUAUCACAAUAUCCGCAAUCCGGAACGCCGCAAUCGCCACAUCCUGUGCUUGUUCCACUUCCACCUGGUGCAGCUCCGCAAAAUGCACAGCCACACAUGUACGUCCAAGCACCGCAGUUUCCGUUCAUCACCCCUGGACAGCCAGGCUUUGUGAUGGCGUAUGGACCACAGCCAGUUGUUGUUCAUCCAUCUGUCGCAGCACCAGCGGCUCAUGUUCCCUUUUCACAAGCACAUCAAACGCAUGCACAACCGAAUAUGUUCGAACAAUUCCAGGGAGCUGUUGUUGAAACGGCUGCUUUGCAACAGCCGCAAAUACCGAGUAGUUUGCCUCAUCAACCCUACGUUGCUGGUGAUCAGUUUUAUUACAUGCACCCACAGCAGCAGCAGGGAGUAUUCCAACAACAGCAGCAGCAGCAGCAGCAGCAACAACAGCAUCAGCAGCAACAGCAACAGCAACAGCCUCCUCUGCCGCAGCAACAACAAGCGGGUAGUGCGGGAUCAAUACGCCACAAUUCAGUAAACAGUCCACCACAUCAACACCAAGCUUUUCAACCUGGUGGUGCUACUCAAAACGGUUCGGCUCCACCAAAUGGUCAGUGUUGGAAGUUAUUUGGCUUUAGCUACUUUUCAUAUUAA